CAACAGAGUUAGUUUAGUGUCCAAAACGGAACGAGCUGUUAGCAUGUUUGUUAGCUUACAUCGUUAGGAGGAAUAAACGUGUUCCACAAUGUUACAUCACACGCAUUGAAUAUAGGGUUAUUAGCUGCUGAUUGCUGGAAUUAUCCCAAAAGUGUUGGUUGUGUUUUAUUUUAUUGUUCUUUGUGUUGAAUGUUUUCCAAGGAAAUUAACCAGUAGUUGAAUUAUAGACGCUAACCACCUGCCAACAUGAAAAAUGUAUUUGAUGCGUUCAAUUGAGUAACGUUUCGUACAGCAGAGGAGAGAAACUUGAAUGAAAUUGAAGGUGAAAUACAUGUUUAUAUAUAUUAAUCAGGAAAAUGGAUGGCUUGCAUAAACAGCUGCCGAUCCCCGAUUGUUGUUCUGAUUGUGGUUGACUAAAGAUCCUCUCAAACCAUUCGCUAGCACCAACUAAUGUUGUGCAAAUAACUAUAUAUAGGCUAUGUUAGUGGUACAAUGUCGGAAAAAUAUACAAACUUGUUAAAAUGUCAGAAUCACAAAAUAAUUUUCCUGCUCUGUGUUUUAUGUGCCAGCUCAAGACUUAAAUUACAUUUUAUACUCUGAGCUACCCUCAUUGUUGUCAGUGCAGUUAUCGCCAAGGUACGGAAAUGGUGGGCUACAGUUCACUAAAUCAAACUUAAUACACUCAUUAAUGUUUCUUAUAAAACAGUAAAACUAAAAUUGCUGGUUGGGGAGCACAGCCGCCUUGAACUUUGACCACAGGGUGAUGUGAUGUUGUUCGCACAACCAAUGGAAACGUAAAAUGAUGUGAUGGAUGGAUGGAUGAUCCAAUUGCUGUUCCAAAUAAUGAUAUACAAUGUUUCAUUGUGUGUUCUCUGUGUAAUACCCUUUAUUAGACUGUAUAUUAAUGAAUCGGUGUUAUUGUACCGACAUGAUAAUCAAUCCAAUCCUUUCAUUUUAAAAUAAAGUAGAGGAUGGUCCAUUUACUGAAAGGCUAUGCUUUAGCUCCUUCUUUCACCAUUGUAUGUCUCCCUAAAACAGUAUAUAGCUUUUAUGCUAUUUAAAGUCAGUAUUUUCCUAUUGGCAUAAGGGUGAUCUUAACACUGAUUUGCAGGGAAGACUUUGAAAAAAAGUAAUUGUGUUUUCUGUCUGUUUUUGUGCAGAUUGAUUGGGAUGUCAUAGCGCUGAUGGAUGACGCAACUCUGGCAAAUUACAUCCCUUCCUAUGGAGACCGAAUUGCCCUCUUCAAUUUCUGCAAAAGCAAACAACCACUCUCAAAAAGAAAACAGGGUCUUCUGCAGAAGCUUUGUGAGAAAAUGAAAACCAAAAAGGAAAGUCCAAAGGAAAACACCUCUCAAGAAAGAACAAGACAGACAAAGAAGCAAAAAGCAACACGAAAUAUUGAGAUAGGAUGGAUACAUACUGAUGGAAAAAUAACCAAACAGGGUCCUGAGACAGAUUUUGAGUUUGAGGUUUGGGACUUUAAACAGAACCACCUUACUGAUGACACCUGCCUGACGAUUGGCAAUAUGUAUGAAGCAGCGAGGCUGACAAUGUUACGCUUCUACAUUGCAACAAAGCCAAAAGUUACUGAAGAAGAUGACAGCGAGACAUCCGAAGUCAUAUUUGUCUUGGAAAGCAGUAGCAGUGAAAUUAAUCCAUUGCAAACGUGGGAAGUCAGGAGUUCUUCUGUUGAUGCCCACCCUGGUUUAGAACCUUCAGAUGAUUCAGAAAUUACUUUUGGUCCCAUUCUUAAUGCUGAGGAAGAUACAGAAGACACAUUAAUCUAUGAGGGUUUUCUUGUACCCCUCAGUCCAGCUAAUCCAGAUGAUGCAAUAACAAUCACUGUACAUCAUACUAACACUUUACAUGACAUUAUUACUGCUUUCUCUGAUUCAGAUAUUAUGAGAAAAACACUGAAUGUGAAGCGCAUACUUCCAGACAACACAGAAGAAGCAGGCAGUGGCUCAGGGAUACUAAGAGAUGUUCUCACCUGCUUCUGGAAUGAAUUCUAUGAGCGAUGCACCCUCGGUACAACAGUUAAAGUGCCCUUCAUUCGCCAUGAUUUUCCUGCUGCAAAAUGGAAGGCAGUUGGACGAAUACUUUUGAAAGGUUACCAAGACUGUCAGUAUUUUCCAAAUAAACUUGCAAUCCCUUUUCUUGAACAAGUGCUUUUCAGUAGCGUUUACAGCGAUCUUAAAGCACAUUUUCUACAGUUUGUCAGCAGCCAAGAAUGUGAGGUUUUGAGGGAAGCAGUCAAGAAUUUUUCUGCUGUUGAUCAAGAUGAUCUUGUGGAGGUUCUUGACAGUUAUGGCUGUGCAGGGAAGCCCUGA